UGCUUGGAGGCGGGGUGGGGUGCGGAGACGCGAGUGGGAGGCGGUCGCCAACUGCGCCCCCGCCCGGCCCAGCCAGUGGUGCCGCCCCCGUCCCCAGCCCCCCGGCCAGGCGACAGCAGUCAGAGGGGGGAGGCAGAGCGCCUCCUCCCCGCCCGGAGCCGAACCAGCCGCGCCGGGGGAGGAGAGCGCUCACCUUGCCCCCCGAUGAGGGGCGGAUCAUGCCAUGGCAGCGCCGGCGAGCCACAGCGGCGACAGCGAACAGAGCCCGAGCAGCAGCCCCGGGAGCCGGACAGGAGCCGGGGGCACCGCGCUGGGAGCCCGGGACUCAUCGGCGACGGCCCCCGGCCUCCCUCCGCUCGAGGACUACGAGUGCAAAAUCUGCUACAAUUACUUCGACGCGGACCGCCGCGCACCCAAACUGCUGGCGUGCCUGCACACCUUCUGCCAGGAGUGCCUGAGCCAGCUGCAGCUCCGCGCCGCCGCCGCCAGUGCCGGGCCUGAGCGCCAACCGCGCCCGCCGCCCUGGCACGGCCCUCCUGGCGCCAUCGCGUGCCCCGUGUGCCGCCACCGCACGCCGCUGCCCGACAGUCGCGUGCACGGCCUGCCUAACAACACCAAGCUCGCAGAGGCCUUCCCGCUGGCCCUGCGCGCCGCGCACGACCCGCUGCCCCAGGACCGCCUCCCGCCGCUGCCCGCGCGCCGCCCCGCGCCCGCCGCCGCGCCGCCCGUCGCAGCCCCGCAGCCCCCCCCGCCCGUCGAGGACGCGGACCCCGCGCCCCGCGCCCGCACGGGCCUGCGCGCACCCGGUGCCUACGAGAGCUGCCAGAACUGCAAGCGCGCCGCGCUUACCGCCGGUUGCGUGUGCGUCGUCUUCUCCUUCCUGUCCAUGGUGGUGCUGCUCUUCACCGGCCUCAUCUUCGUCAACCACUACGGUGGUGGCGGCGGCGGGGGAUCCCCCGGGGUCGGGACGACGCCUGGCACUGGCCCGGGGUCCGGGACGCCCUCGCCUUCGCCCGUGGGGCCCAUCUGCCUGUCGGUGGCCAGCAUCCUGGCGCUCUUCUCAGUGGUUGUCACCUGGGUCAUCUGCUGGCUCAAGUACCGGCCUGAGGGCGCCGCCACGGGCUCCGCGGGAAGCAGCGGCGGCGGGGGCCCGAGGGCGCGGGCAGCGGCGGCUCCCGGCAGCGCGCGGAGGAGCGACACGUAGCGGGUGUCUCGCCAGCACCUCGCUCCCGCGCGCCCCAGGAGAGGGAACCUCUGGGCUCAGCACGCUAGCUUCUCCGCCACCCCCUGCGUCCCCCCUCUUCAGACGCUCACCCCCUCCCAUCGGGCUCUCCACGCCCCACCUGCUCAGCACUGGGGCG